AUGUCUGGGAUCCUCGGAACACAGGCAUACAAGCGAUAUUUUAACCAUCCGACCUCCUACACACAGGGCGCCAUCACGGCUUCGAUGCCGUUGGGUUCCAUGGCUGGGUCUAUGGUGUCGUCGGUGCUCGCGGACAACUGGUCACGCAAAGCCGCGCUACAGAUCAGCUGUGUGUUCUGGAUCGUAGGGAGCGCGAUCCAGUGCGGCUCAGUAAACGUCGCGAUGCUGUGUGUCGGGAGAGGUGUUGCGGGCUUAUGUGUUGGGAUUGCCAGCUCCAUUGUGCCAAUCUACCAGGCCGAGAUUGCGCCAAAAGAGAUUCGUGGCCGGGUUGUAAGUCUGCAGCAGUGGGCCAUUACCUGGGGUAUCCUUAUUCAGUACUUUGUGCAGUACGGCGCUGCACAUGCCCUAGGAAACGGGCCUGACGAUCCCGAUCAAACAACAGCAGCAUUUCGCAUCCCGUGGGCUGUGCAGAGUGUCCCUGCUAUGAUUCUAUUUGUUGGGCUAUUCUUCUUUCCACAUAGUCCGCGAUGGCUUGCGACCUGUGAUCGAUGGGAUGAGUGUCUGGUGGUCUUGGCUAAUCUGCACGGUAAAGGCGAUAUGCGACAUCCCCGUGUACUAGCACAAUAUCGAGAAAUCGAAGAUGCCCUGCGAGAGGAGCGAAGAGGCACAGUUGGCUGGAAGGCGCUGAUGCAGCGGCGCAUCUUGAAGCGUGUGGUGCUCGGGGUGUCAAUUCAGGCGUGGAGUCAGCUCUGCGGCAUGAACAUUAUGAUGUAUUACAUCAUGUAUAUCAUGGAGGCGACCAAGAUUGCCUCGCCGCUUCUCACAGCCUCUAUACAGUACAUCAUCAACAUGCUACUAACCCUGCCGGCUAUUCUGUUUCUCGAUAAGAUUGGUCGACGGCCAGCACUGGUAGGCGGAUCGUUUGCACUAAUGACGCUCUUGUUCGUUUCUGGAGCCAUACAACAGUACUAUGGCAGACCACUGGACGAGGAGUCCAAGAAUCGAGACCAUUCUAGUAUCAGCUGGUCUAUUUCUGAGGACCAUCAUGAUGCCUCUGUUGCCAUUGUGACAUGCUCGUACUUGUUUGUCGCAGUCUUCGCUACAACCUGGGGCCCUACGUCGUGGACGUAUCCGGCCGAGAUAUUCCCAAGUACGAUUCGUGCUAGGGCUGUGUCGCUGAGUACUGCGGCAAACUGGGCCUGCAAUGCGAUUCUAGCCUUUCUCGUGCCUCCAAUGAUAUGGCGUAUCAAGUAUGCCUAGUGUUGCUCUGUUGGUGGUGCGUAUUAAAUGCUGACCCGUUAUAGUUAUAAAACUUAUUAUGUCUUUGGCGGCUGUAAGUAUUCCUUAUCAACUUUCACGCUGGAUAGUUACUGAUCGGACAGUCAACGGAAUAGCGUUUGUUCACAUGUUUUUCGCGGCCCAUGAGACGAAGGGCUACACUCUUGAGGAGAUGGAUAGCGUAUUUGACGCGGGAAUACCUGCUUGGAGAACGAAAAAGCCCAAAAGUCAACUGGACAACCUAGAGCAAGACAUUAGACGUGGGAGCGUGGCUGUGACAAUACCAACACCAUCUA